AUCAGCUAUCCGUUCUGCAACUAAAACGAGAGUUUCUAUUGGACCGAUUUAGGUAGUCCCUCCCGUUUUAGUCCCCCUGAAAAUAUUCUGCCGUGCAGAUGAAAAGAGGUUUGGGCAGCUGUGGUUUUCUGCUGACGCGUCUACGGCCGGGAACGAUAACAACAAGAAAAAUAAAAUUAACUGGAUUCUAAAGCUGUUCAGGUGAUCGUAAUGGCGGAGGGAGGCUUUGACCCCUGUGUGUGCAUCUGCUCCCAGGAGCAUACCAUGAGACGACUCAUCAACCUGCUGCGCCAGUCUCAGUCGUACUGUACAGACACAGAGUGUCCCCAGGACAUGCCAGGUCCCAGUGGGUCGGUAGGAGGAGGAGACCUGACUGUCCCCAUGGUUCUGAUGGGCUGGAUGGUUCUGGUUCUGCUCCUCUUCCUCCUCAGACCCAGCAGCCUCAGAGGAUCCACAACACCGCCUACCGGCAAACCUACUGGACCUCACAAUAGUCGUGACCAGGAGCCCCCAGCUCCACCGGUGGACUAGCAGUAGAAACCAAACGGACCGAACCGGAGAGAACCAGACGUUCUACUGGACAACCCACCAUCUCCACCGGACGUUCUGCCGUUCUACGUCGACCUCUGACCCCUGUACAUCACAACUUAUUUCCCUAUAUAGUGCACUACUUUUAACCAGAGCCCUGUGGGGUAGUGCACUAUAUGGGGGCGGGGGUGGGGGGGGGCCACAAAACAUCUGACCUCAUCAUGAGGGGCCGCAGUUGCUGGCGGAUCUGCCAACCCACAUCCAUAAGUGGCUAACAUAACAAGAGAGAAACUGUGGGGGGGGCAUGCAGACUCCGGAUCAGCCUUCUAUACUGUGGUUUUCAUUCUAUACUGGGGGCAUCACUGGGUGCAUCUCAAAUGGCCUUUCUAGUGCAUUACCAAACGGGCUCUGGGCAGAAUUAGUGCACUAUAAUAAUGGGGGUGCAGUUUGGGAUGCAAGACAUUAUUUAGUUAUGAUCAACUAGCUAGUCACUAGUAAUCUGGUUUAUUGAUUGGUCUGGCUGUUCCUCUGUCUGUUUUACAUUUUACAUUUUUAGUCAUUUAGCAGACCGCUCUUAUCCAGAGCGUCUUACAGGAGC